AUGGCAGACAAUACUCAGAAGCAAGCGGAGAUCCGCCUUGAAGAGGCGUCGCAGGCUCAAGCUAUAUUGGCGAGAUAUGAGGGAGAGCCAUGCAAAAAGGUGCUUCGCAAGAUAGACAUUCGUCUCAUCCCGAUCAUGGCUGUGCUAUACCUCCUCUCUCACAUUGACCGUGCAAAUAUCGGCAAUGCAAAGAUCGAAGGCAUGGACAAAGACCUUGGACUCACUGGUAACCAAUACAACAUUGCGACGACCAUCUUCUUCGUCCCUUAUAUUAUUUUCGAGAUCCCAUCCAAUAUGGUUCUCAAGCGUGUGCGACCGAGCAUCUGGCUAUCCAUCUUGAUCCUUUCCUGGGGCAUAGUGAUGACAUGCAUGGGCGUCGUCAAAGACUUCAAAGGUCUUGUCGCAUGCCGCGUCAUCCUUGGACUCUGUGAAGCUGGCUUUUUUCCCGGCGCGGUCUUCAUCGUCUCAUCAUGGUACCGACGCAGCGAAUUGCAGCAGCGUCUCGCCCUCUUCUACACUGCAUCCGCCUUCUCCGGCGCAUUCUCUGGCCUUCUCGCAUUCGCCAUCGCGAAACUAGACGGCGCUCAGGGGAUUGCUGGAUGGCGCUGGAUCUUCCUGAUCGAAGGGGCUUUGACUGUCGGUGUCGGUCUCUUCGUCCCAUGGCUGAUCGUAGACAGCCCUGAGCGCGCGAAGUGGCUUUCAGACGAUGAGCGGCUAUUCAUACACACCCGCCUUGUCGCAGACGGAGUAGUCACGUCGACAGAAGAGGGCGAUAAGUUCUCCUGGAACCUCUUCUUCAGCGCGAUAUUUGACUGGAAGGUCGCUGCUGGAAUCAUCAUGGCGUGGGCAAACUCCGUGCCUAAUGCCGCGUUUAAAUUUACCAUGCCGCAGAUCAUCAAGCAGCUUGGAUUUACGUCGUCUACAGCUCAGCUUCUGACAAUUCCACCUUACUUCUGUGGCGGUAUGGCGGCGUGGAUAAGUGGGCGCAUGGCUGAUCGCUUCAAGUGGCGCUUUCCCUUCAUCGCAGGACCUCUUGUAAUCCUUACGAUUGCUCUCGCAGUGCUCUUCUCACUCGCCACGCGAAUCAAAGAGAACGUUGGCGCACUCUACUUCUCCAUCAUCCUUGCGCAAAUUGGAACAUACCCACUUCUCCCCUGCAUCAGUGCAUGGACCGGCAACAAUCUCGCUCCAUCGUGGAAAAGAUCCAUCGGACUCGCAUGGACAUUGGCAGCUGGCAACAUCGGCAGCUUGGUUGGCACGAACAUCUUCCUGGAUAAAGAAGCACCGAGGUACCAGACUGGAUACGGAGUCUCGCUGGGCUUUAUCUGUCUGGGUCUUGCGACCGCGAUUGGGUUGGAGGUUGUGCUCAAGGCGCGCAAUAAGCAGAAGGAGGCGUUCAACGAGGAUGAAGUGAGAGCGACCUAUACAAAUGAGCAGCUUGAUAAGUUGGGAGACAAGAGCCCGUUGUUCAAGUAUAUGCUAUGA